AUGGAUGAUCAAAAGUUCAAAGAGUAUCCUGUUACUCGUUUGAAAAAGAACGAGUGUAUUGAGAAUGGAAAGUUCCUUUGCAACAAUGCGGCCUGUCAAAAGAUCUUUGACAAAAACCGCGACAGGAAUAAUCAUCUUAGAACGCAUGAAAAGCCUUUUCAUUGUUCCUGGCCGGGGUGUCAGGCCAGGGCUUCAUGGAGGAAAGAUAUCAUUCGGCAUUAUGAUAGUCAUUCUUUGCAAAAGAUCAUUCCAUGCCUACAAUGUGACGAGACUUUCACAAGGCCUGACAACCUCAAGAGACAUGUCGAGGAAAUCCACGAGGGGAAAAGAAGAAAGCAGAGGUUUUAG